CCCUUCCUCCUCAGCCACUCGGUAAAUCUCCCUCCUAUUUAAUCCCUAUUUUCACCCACUUCUGCUCUUCAUUAAGUCUUGGUGCUGGGUGAAACUAAUUACCUAAGUUAUUUUUCAUGUUUCAGAGCCAAAAGAACCACAGGAAAGCCUUAUAUAAGUGAAAUAUGGCCUAAAAUAAGCGGGUAUUGGAUAGCGGGCCGUUAGGAAGACAGGUCCCUUCCAAAACAUGAGGGUUACAACAGACACAGGAAAGCCUUAAAUGAGUGAAAUAUGGGCAAAAAUUAGACUGGCACGGUAUAGUGAGCCGUUGCAGAGGCUGAGGCGGCUUCCAAAACAAACGAAGAUGGGCUGACAUCACCCACCACCCCCACCACCACCACCACCGCCUCCUCCCCCUCCUCCCCCUCCUCUUUCUCCUGGGGGGGCUGAGGCUGGGGGGGGCAGAGAUCAGCUCGUUCUUCGACCCCCUGGAGGACCGGUGGCUGGAGCUGUACCCGGGAGAGGAGCUGACGGGGGAGCCCACCACUUUGACCUGGGGGACACCGCGCCUGGAGGGACCCUGGGGGAGCCUACGCCAGAGUGGAAUCUGGAUAUUGUACAGUGAACCGGACUACCUGGGCGCUAACGUGACUGUGGCCUUCGGGGAGGUUUUGGAGAUGAACAUUCGGCAUCCCGUGCGGUCCGUGCGGUACGUGGGCAACAGCAGGGCCAAGACCAUGCCGGCCUUGCACCUGUACGCCCUCACGUGGUACAGGGGCACGGAGCACGUCAUAGAGGUUGGCCCAGACGAGGAUGACGUGCGGGUUCCCAACUUCCAUAACUUCGGGACAGAUGCGAAGUCACUGAUUGGCGUGGGCAGCGACUGGACGCUAUUCAACGGGCCUAACUUCAAUGGGCCUAACUGCACCUGCCUUCAACUCACCCACUUUUCCAUGUCUUCCUACGACGGCGACAACGCGAUGCUGGCGGCCACCUUCCACCCCUACCUCACCCCCGACGACGCCCCCGUGGCCUACACCUCCCCCGUGGGUCAGAUCUCCCCCGUGGGCAGCGCUAUCUUGACGUGUAGAAAUGUCCCCAUGAGGAAGCUUUGUGCCAAGUUACCCUGGGAGAAUGUGCAUAGAUCCCAGUGCCCGAUUUUGUCCCGGGGGGUGAAGGUUUGUGAGUCAGAGGUGGUGGGGUGGUUUUAGGGGGGGGAGGAGGUGGAGGUGGAGGGGGGAGGAAGAAGAGAGAGAAACGGAAAAGAGAGGAUGUAAGAAGGAGGAGGAGGAGGAAGAAAAGACGAAGAAGAAGAGGAGGAGGAAGAAGAAGACAAACGAGAAGAAAUAGGAAGAAGAGGAGGAAGAAGGAGGAAGAGGAGGAAGAGGAAGAGAAGUAAGAGUUGUAGUAGUAGUAGUAACAGUAGUAGUAGUAAUGGUAGUAGUAGUAGUAAUAGUAGAAAUAGUAAUAGAAGUAGGCUAAUCAAUGUAGUAAUAAUAAUAGUAAUAUAUUGCAUUGUAUCGUAUUAUUAGUAUCGUUAUCAUCAUUAUUCCUACCACUAUCAAAUCUGUUAUUAUCAUUAUUAUUAUUAUUAUUAUUAUUAUUAUUAUUAUUAUUAUUAUUAUUAUCGAUCUCCCUUGUUUUGUGACCCCGUACAAACAGCAGACAACAACAAUGCCCUUAUAUGGAAAUGUCACUCACCCGAAUAAACAGAAUUUCUCGUAUUUUUCUUUUUAAUUUUGUAGUAAUGAAAAACAGGAGAAUAUAAUGAUGAAAGAUAGAAUAUAAAACAAUGUGGUUAGGGUGUGUGUGUGUAGGGUACUCUAGGUGCGCGUGGCUGCGGUGCACAUCUCCGAACUGCUGGACUUUGAGAGUGUGGUGGGAGAGUAGGCUAAUGAUUCUCUCUCUUUUAUUUCUAUCUCUAAUUUCUUGCUUUCUUAUUUAUUUGUUCGGUCUAAAUUUCUCUCUCUUUAAUUUCUCUCUCUUUAAUUUCUCUCUUUAAUUCCUCUUUUUUUAUUUCUCUUUUAUUUCUGUCUUUAAUUUCUUGCUUUCUGAUUUUAUUUGCUCGGUCUAAUUUUCUCUCUUUAAUUUCUCUCUCUCUUUAAUUUCUCUCUUUAAUUUAUCCUUUUUUGUAUUUAUUUUAUUUCUAUCUCUAAUUUAUUGCUUUCUUUUUUUACUUGCUCGGUUUAAUUUUCUCUCUUUAAUUUCUCUCUCUUUAAUCGCAGAAUUCGGAGUACGUUGGGAAAGGCCUUUGUAUCGCCCUGAGACACGUAAUGGUAUUGUAAUCUGAAGAAAAUGAUGAUCAAAACAAUUAAAACAAGUAAA